AUGGGAGUCCUUUCGGUGUACAUUAAUGUGGUCCUUUUACUAUGCACUUUUUGGCUAAAUCCUGUUUCGAGCAAAGGUUUAUCGUAUAUGUACAAACAUCCAGAACUGCCGUCAAAUUUUGAGGAAAUUAAGUUAUCAGAUAAUUCAUUUUUAGAAACCUUUCAAGCAUAUAAUGAUUAUGAUGCUCUUAAACAUAUAUGGAUAACUUCGGAUGCUACCAGUUCCAAUAAAGCUAAAAGGUUUCCAGUUAGGUGGGAUUUAAAACAAGCCUAUGUCAAUCCAGGUUUUAACAAUGAUAUGUGUCUAGCCAUUACAGAAACAGGACCUGCAAUGAUAGCUCGUCAACUUGACCAAGAAUUCUCAUUAAACGGAACAUCAAAACUAGUAUUACAAUAUGAAGUAAAAUUACAAAAACCAAUAAGUUGUGGUGGCGCCUUCAUUAAGUUAUAUCCAUUUUUAUCAAGAGAUCAAAUUGAACAAUUUGAUCCAGAACAAGAUUAUAAUGACGAAAUGAUUCUUAUGUUUGGUCCAGAUAUUUGUAUUCCAAAUUAUGAUGGUGUUCGACUUGGUUUAAAAAAAAUGAACCCUUUAAGCAAAAAAUCAGAGAUAAGCCAGAUGACUUAUCCUCCAAGGUCAAGACUUGACAAAGAAUUCAGAACACAUUUGUAUACUUUAAUUCUGGACAGUGCAACACAAAAUUAUGAAAUAAGAAUUGAUGGUGUUGUAAACUAUGCAGGCAAUUUACUUGAAAAGGGAAAAUUUGAACCAGGUUUUCAAAGUACAGAAUUAAUUCCUGAUCCAGAUGACAAAAAACCAACUGACUGGGAUGACAGGGAAACUAUUGAUGAUCCUGAUAGUAUUGAACCAUCGGACUGGAAUGAAAAUGAACCGCAAUAUAUCCCUGACCCAAAUGAUUACAAACCUAUAAAUUGGGAUGAAAGUAUCCCAGAAUAUAUCCCUGAUCCAGAAAGAGUACAGCCAACUUGGUGGGAGAGUAGUAGAGAUGGUGACUGGAUCGCUCCAUUUAUAAAAAACCCAUCUUGUUAUCAAGCUAAUAGUUGUGGCCAAUGGAAACCAAAGAUGAUAAUAAAUCAGAAAUAUAAGGGUGAUAUUAUUUCUCCUAAAAUUGUUAAUCCUAAUUAUAAAGGUGUUUGGAAACCGAAAAUGAUCAAUAACCCAGAUUUUUAUCAAGAUAAGAAACCGGCUAAUUUUAAUAAGAAAAUAGGAAGUAUAGUUUUUGAAUUUUUAAGCGGUUCAAAAGAUAUGUUAAUUGAUAAUAUAUAUAUUGGGUAUGAUAUUAGAGAAGCUGAAAUGGUUGGAAAUAUUACGUUUAUUCCAAAGAUGGAAUUAGAAAAAAGAGAAAUAGAACUACAGUUAAGAAAGUUAGUUAAUAUUAAAGAACCAAUGAAACCUUCGAUUAAUGACGACGACGAAUUAGAAAAUAUAUUUGAUUUUAUUUUUGAUUAUAUAUUUGAAAAAUACUAUUUGUUGCCAGAAACAGUUAAGAACAAUAUAUGGACAGCAUUUUUAUCCUUAUUUGUGAUAUUUGUAUUUAUAAAAGUAACAGAAUUAUGGGGGAUUAAGAGAACAACACAUAUCCAAGAUAAUAAAAAAGAAUCUUUAAAAACUACCAAGUUUAUUGAGAAAAAGGAAAUAAAACCUAAUGAUUAA